AAUCAAUCAUGAAACCUACUACCUGACAUAGGUAUUACAUUAGACUUAUACCUGUCUAUUUCGAGGAAUGCAUUAGAUUUAUGCAAAUGAACGAUCUACGUUGAUAAAUUACAGUAACUUGUGAAUACGAUCUGGGAGAGCGUCGCAAAAUAUUCCCGCUAGUAUCGUUUUUCCAAUUUGACCAUACUAUAACGAUUUGCGGGAUUUUGGCAACAUUUGUCAAGUAGUGCUGCGAAGGCAAAUUCAAAUAGCAAACAAACUGUCAAGUGACUGAGAAAAAAUGUUCUCGCAGACAAAGAUGCAGUUGUGGUACCCCAAAUCAGAAGAGAAGAUAAAAGAGAAAAUGGAAAGGAAGCGAAUCAUGGAAUCGGAAAAGAGUGAAGGUGAAUUUUUAGAUGUCGACUAUCUUUCAGAAGAUUCGACGGAUACUCUGAAUCAUAGUGACGGUGAAGAAGAAACCUAUAAGAAAUGUAAGAAAACUAGAGACUGUUCUUUCAAAGAGCAAAUGACGGCAACCAUCAGCGAUUUCGUUGAUCCAGCCUACUGGAAAAAAGAGCUACUCUGUUGCGGAAUCAUCUUCAGAGGGUUGCACAACGAAGUCAUGAUAGACCUUAAUUUCUUGAAGCCAUGUCCUAGCAGACGAAACAAAAACAAAAAAUGAUGUGAAGAUUGAGUAGACAGUAGACAUUAAUGUCGCUCAUAAAGCAAUGCUUUUAAUUGCACCAACAAAAGAAAUGAGAAAAAACUGAUUAGUCCAUGUUAAUUUUAUGCUAUGUAUAAUACAAUAUGGUUUCUCGUCCCGGAUGUCAACCAAAUAUUUUUGUGACGCCUAGUCACAAAAGAAUACAAAGGAUCCUUUCAGUAACAACACAGAGGGUAGUCCAUAAUGAAUGCGCCAAAAGAAAUCCUGGAUUAAACUGAAUAAAGUUAAUUUCAUUCCCGUUGAUAAGAUACCGGGUGUUACAGUGAUGUUUUUGAAAUAGUUUUUCCUGUAUGACUAAAGCUGUUUUGUGAUACAUAAAAAUUGAGAAUUGAGGAUUUCUGAGAAGGAGAAACACGACAAUGUUGCAUUUUUCGAUAUAAUAUAUAUAGGUUGCCGCCAUAUAAUAAGUUAAAAAGUACAGCAUAGAUGUUGUGUUAUUGUCAAAAACAUCGAUUCCAAAUUUUCAUGUUGAGAAGAACAGCUUAAGUUAUAUUAAAAAGGUAUUGAUAUAUCUCAUUAACAAGCGAUAUAUUUAGCUCAAUAUCAUUAUUUUCACCUGUUCAAUCUUGGAUUGUUUUUGCUUAUUCAUUAUACGGACUACCCGGAUAGAUUUUGGAUCGUCAUCACGUUAUCAUACAUUUUUAUUAGAGUGCACCUUUUAUUUGAACUUCCAUAGAUAUUUCGUGGUGUGUGAUAUCCUGGACUACAAUAUGUAAUAUAUAAUAAUGUUUCUCGAAGAAAAAAUACAAUUUAGGAACAAAAGAAAAAAGCAUAUCCCGCAAUAAACAUAUACAACACCACAAGAAGCACAUUUUUAGUUACAUGACGUUGAAUAUCUAUAAAAUGUAAGGAUUAGAAUAUACAACGCGUUAACAUUUUUUUUAAUUUUAACAACCUACUUCUAAAAAACAGAAAUAUAAAAGUAACCUAACCGACGGUUUACUAAUUUGUCAAAACAUCUAUACUUUUUUUAAAGAUACAAACAACAAAGGAACAGUAAUGAACUUUAUCAAUAAAAAACAAUAGAUAAGGUAAACAUUUAUAUUAUAUAUAAUAAAAUC